AUGGGAGAGCUGUUUAUGUUCAGGGUGGCUGUUGGCAUAUGUUAUGCCACCUUCAGUGCCUCUGCAUGGUCAGUGAACAAUUUCCUGAUAACAGGCCCUAAGGCCUAUCUGACCUACACUACUAGUGUGGCCCUGGGUGCCCAGAGUGGCAUUGAGGAGUGUAAGUUCCAAUUUGCUUGGGAACGCUGGAACUGCCCGGAAAAUGCUCUCCAGCUGUCCACUCACAACAGGUUGAGAAGUGCCACCAGGGAGACUUCCUUCAUUCAUGCGAUCAGCUCUGCUGGAGUCAUGUACACCAUCACCAAGAACUGUAGCAUGGGUGACUUUGAAAACUGUGGCUGUGAUGAGUCAAAAAACGGAAAAACAGGAGGUCAUGGCUGGAUCUGGGGAGGCUGCAGCGACAAUGUGGAAUUUGGGGAAAGGAUCUCCAAACUCUUUGUGGACAGCCUGGAAAAGGGAAAGGAUGCCAGAGCCCUGAUGAAUCUUCACAACAAUAGGGCAGGCAGGCUGGCAGUGAGAGCCAUUAUGAAAAGGACCUGCAAAUGUCAUGGCAUCUCUGGAAGCUGCAGUAUCCAGACAUGCUGGCUGCAGCUGGCUGACUUCCGGGAGAUGGGAGACUACCUGAAGGCCAAGUACGAACGGGCCCUGAAAAUCGAGAUGGAUAAGCGGCAGUUAAGGGCUGGGAACAGUGCUGAGGGACACUGGGCACCCACUGAGGGAUUCCUUCCUAGUGCAGAGGCUGAGCUGAUCUUUUUGGAGGAAUCACCAGAUUACUGUACCCGCAAUUCCAGCCUGGGCAUCUAUGGCACAGAAGGUCGGGAGUGUCUGCAGAAUAGCCACAACACAUCCAGGUGGGAGCAACGCAGCUGUGGGCGCUUGUGCACCGAGUGUGGCCUGCAGGUGGAGGAGAGAAGAACUGAGGCUAUCAGCAGCUGUAACUGCAAAUUCCAGUGGUGUUGCACAGUCAGGUGUGACCAGUGUAGGCAUGUGGUAAACAAGUACUACUGCACAAGCUCCCCAGGCAGUGCUUGA